CACGAUCCACUCAGAUUCAAAUGAUUGUGCCAAACUUGAAGCUGAAUAUCCUACUGAGUUUCUGAACACAUUAUCUUUUAGUGGAUUCCCUGAUCAUGAUAUUAGCCUAAAAAUAUUCGCACCGAUUAUGUUGUUACGAAACCUCAAUCCAGAUAUAGGCUUGUGUAAUGGUACAAGAAUCAUGGUCACAUACCUGUCCACUUAUGUAAUCAAGGGACUGAUCAUGGGUGGCACAUAUGAUGGGUCAGUAGUUGCCAUACCGAGAAUUGUUGUCAACAUAAAUGAUCAUAAUUGGCCUUUCGUGCUAAAGAGGAGGCAGUUUCCUAUUCGUCUUUGUUAUGCCAUGACGAUCAACAAGAGUCAAGGACAAACAUUGGAUUGUGUGGGUGUUUUUCAUUCCGAAGCCGGUGUUCAGCCACGGGCAAUUAUAUGUUGCUGUUUCUAGAGUUAGAUCAGCUGAUGGCCUGAAGUUUCUCAUUCAAAACGAAGACCAUAUUCCUGCAAGCUACACAAGGAACAUUGUUUAUGCAGAAACAUUUGAUACCCUUGGCGGUGCAUCAUGCUCUGCUGUACCACCUGCUGGAAGGUGUGUUGACAGAACAUGAGCUUGCACCAUACAAAGCAAUAGCCAACGUGGUUUACUUUUGCCUUAAGCUGGUAAUCUUACAUGACAACUUCUUUCAUGAUAACACUAUAUAAAUUGCUGCAUGUUUCCUACCCUAAUAUUCUGUCUUCCUUUUACACAGUAACAAGAAACAGCAAGUAUGCAACACCAAUCGUUCUCUACAUGCUUGCAAUUCUUUCACAGUUGACUACGAUUGUGCUCUGCAUCCAUUUUGUAAUUCGAGAUUCCGCAAACAUAACAAUUGAAACAGGUUCCUCUGUGAGUUUGCUUCUCAAACAUGUUAGAACUCUCUGCAAUAUAAUAGAAACCUAUAUUCCUUUGACAAUUGGUCCGAGAUUGUGGCAUAUCCCUAUCGCUGCAGAUUUUAAUUGCAAAACAAUUAUGGGCCGUGAAAAAUGAAGCCCAUCCAAAUCAUGUUUUCCCCCCACAAAAUUGUAUUGGGCCCAACCUCCGACAAAACACGUCCAAGCCUACCUAGCAAAAAAACAAAAAGCCCGAUAAACUUGGACUGAUCCUAUCUAGGGCACACCUAUUAGCUCGCUUCUUGACACUCGGGGAAAGCUGCGCCACUUCAGCGAGCGAGUUGCAGUCAUGAGCCAAGCAACAGAGAUCCGCUGCCUGCAGCUUGGUUACACCAAAAAUCCCAUUGAGGUCUGGCACCUGCAUACAUGGCAGGAAUUAUUCACAGGAAAUCAUGAAGUACAUCACCUGUUGCUCGAUAAAAAGGGGACACUGGUUGUUGCGCAAGCAGAUCCGACAACUCCGCAAUCAGAACUGCCGGUUUUGCAAGACGGCCAGAUUUAUAGGAUAGCAUCAUUCUAUGUUGGACCAGCAAGGACGAUAAACCGUUGUUGCUCGAACAAUGUCGAACUCGGGUUUACCAGAAACACAACCCUACAAGCCCUUCCUGAGCCGCCGCCAGACGAAUAUCACCCGACCAACAUGUCCGAGGCAGUUCCUUUUGGCGAGUUGUGGGCUCGAUGCUUCGACAACAGACAAAAGUCAGACAUGCUUGGCCGCAUAGUUUCUGUCUCCAAACCGUAUGCAAAAGGCUCAACGGAAAUGGUUCCGACCCGACAGCUGGUUAUCCUAGAGGAUGGCUGGUACAUGGUCAACAAACCAAAGGGCCCGGUUAUAGCAACUUUUACCUCGAUGAUUGGCAAAUGGUCCAAAGGGAAACCGCUUUACAAAAGCACAUGCAGCACAAGACUAAUUGUCGACCAGAAAUUGAGGAUGCAUCGACCAAUGUUUUUCCGUCACUCCAAUUCAAACAUGCCGAUAUUCUACAUCGAUUCAAAGCGCACAGUGGAACCUUUGAGACCAAUUCAGUCACAUAGUCGGUGCGACUCAAUCGCCGAAUUACUGUUUCAACUGGCUACUGAGUGGGAUCUUAGUCUUGAGCCAUCGCCUACUGCAACAUCUAGGUGUUUCGCCACAAUUCAGGCUAUCAACCACGGGUUUGGAUACUUCCGGUGGCUGUGCCCUGAAUGCUUGCCGCAACAAGAGGAACUCCUCUCAAAUGAUGUAUGCUCCAAUUGCUAUGCAAACAUCUUCCACGACGACAGGGUUAAAAGUUUUUACAUCUCGGUUGAUGUUGCUGACGAAACAGACCAUACAACAUUCCUCAUAAGCCACGAAGCAGCUUCAGCCCUACUUCAAACAAGUCCUCGAUGGGACCUUGAAGCACGCGAGGUUGAAAGACUCCUGCAAUCUGUGCUCCAACGUACCUAUACAUUCGAAGUCAAGAACUUGCCCAGGCGCAAACACAACCGUGAAUGCUUUGAAGUUGUUGCAGUUUGGCAUCGUGAUGCUGCAAAUAUGCAGGAAUAGUGUCUGUUGCAUCUCAAACCUCAAACUCCAUUCCACUUACCUUUUAUCAUCGGAAAACUAUUUAGUGUCUCUCUUAUUAACUCAUGUACCUACUUGAUGAACGAUUGUUUUAAAUUUGCCUUCCUUGCCAUGCUCUCUAUAAGGAUCAAAUGAAUACAGUAAGCAAAAUAAAUGGACUGACCAACCAUUUUGUACACACUAAUACUACUUUUUAACACGCGAAGCGUAGCGAGCGGGUCUUUUCUAGUUGUAUAUAAUUUAAGUGUGGCCCUACGCCACCUUCCAAGCCAACCUCCCAGAGCAUUCCUUAUUCCAUUCUCCUACUACACAGCUCUAACAACGACGAAAACUCAUGAUCGCCACUGGGCUCUUAUCGGAGAACAAAGAAGGUAAGCGGUUUACCUUGUUCAGCCAAAACCGGUCUUCCCUUUGCAAGGCCCUCGGCUGACACACUUUCCACCGCUUGAAUUGAUGAGCUCCAUCUUCUAGGUGGCGGCAGGGGAAAAAGGGUAGGAUGAUGGUGAUGGAAGCUUGAAUGAGGUCGUCUUUCUCAAGAACUUGUCGGGUGAUGAGUCCCGCGAUCAGGCCGGCGUUUCUCUCGACGACCCCUUUCUACUAACCACUGCUUCAUUGGUUGUGGUGGCCUUGGAUGGUCCGACCGGCCAUAUGAUCAUGGAAGAAAAUAGUACAGUCUUGGUCUAAAGGGGAGAAGGCAGCUGUAGCGGAGCUGGCUCUCGCUGAAAGGGAGAAGCCGAGAGGACAAAAAGAGACUGGUUUCGGUUUCCUAUUAUAAUUAGGUUGCUAAGAGCAUCCACAUUGGUAUUGCAUUUUCAAUUGCAAAAUGACAUGGCAUAGGUGUUUGCAAUUGCAAAACCAAUUGCAUUGAUGUGGCUACCAAUUGCAUAUUUGAAAGCUUGCAACAAAUGCAAUUACAUAUGCAAGUCAAAAAAGCCUUAAAAAAUGAGGAUUUUUUAUUUUAUAUUAUUUACUUUUCUCUUUUACUUAGUUUUCUAUAAUUUAAAGAUAAUAUUUAAUUACAUUUGCAAUUGCAAGUUAAUUGCAUUGAUGUAGGUGAAUGAAAUAAAUGUGAUGUGGAUUACAAAAAAUUUGAGUUGACAAUGAAAAUCACAAAUGCAAUUUCUUUUGCAAUUGUAUUGACGGAGAUGCUCUAAGAACGAUAUACAAUAAAGGGCCAGUCCAAAUAUAAUGAUUUGCUCCAUUUAUCGGUCAAAUUGUAUUUAGGUUAACUUAGAACAAUUAUAGAAUAAUUGUUGAAAUUAUCUAAGGGCAAUUUGGGAAUUGCAGGGUAAAUUUUGGUACGGGUGUAACUCGUUCAAUCCGAGUAAUUCGGUUAUAGUUGGUUGAACCUAAUCUCGAAAUUCGGGGUGUUACAGUGGCUGACUUUGGUGUAUACCUUACUGAUGUUGGCCUACAGGAUCUAGGUUUUCAUGGCUACCCUUUUACCUGGGAAAAUCAGAGACAUAGAGGUGGCUUUAAUGAGGAGCGCCUGGAUCGCUUCGUUGCAAAUGAAGAAUGGAAGAGUUUGUUCACGGGUAGUAAUGUGCAACAUAAAGACCGGGCAAUCUUGGACCAUCGCCCCAUAUGAUGUGAUAUUACAUGGGGGAGGUCUUUUUGGUUUGAGCCUCUCUGGACCAAGCAUGAGUAAUAUCCUUAAGUGAUUGAUGAAGCUUGGAAUCUAGUUUGACUCAUAUUCUCACCAACCUUAGUCUCUACCAUGAGGGGUUAUUAAGUUGGAGUAAACGAACCUUCCCCUGGUUUUCAAAACAUAAAAAGAAAAUUGAGAAGGCAAUGCGAAUUCUAGAGCGAAGAAAGAAGACUCCGGAGGCCCUUGAUAAGCUCCACUGACUUGAACAAUAGAUGGCGGACGUGUUGGAUGAUGAAGAACGGUAUUGGAAAUAUAGAUCUCGAGUGAAUUGGUUAAAAGAAGGUGGAAAAAAUACCAACUUCUUUCAUCAGAAAGGGACAUCCAGAUAAAGGUGCAAUACCAUUAAGCAAAUCAGGAAUGAGGUGAGAAGAUGGUGUGUUGGACAGGAAGAAGUAUCAUCGUGUUUUAUGGACUAUUACUCUUCCCUAUUCACGAUAGAAGGGGCUCCUUCUGAAUGGCCGGUCCUGUAAUCAAUAGAGAGGCGGGUGUCAGAUGAAGAUAAUGAGGUUUUAACUAAACCAUUUACCAGGGACGAAGUGUGGAAUACUUUACAACCGAUGGGUAAGAGAAAGGCCACGGGGGCGGAUGACUUGUCAGUUUGUUCUUUCGACGGUACUAGCAUAUCAUUGGCGAUGAUAUUGCAAGGGCGGUACUUCGCAUCCUUGAGACAGGGGAGAUGGUGAUUGAUUUGAAUCAUACUUUGAUGGCUAUGAUCCCGAAAAUGAAGCAACCGAGCUCCCCAAAGGAUUAUCAUCCCAUCUGGAACGUCAUUUAUAAGCUAGUCUUGAAGGUUUUGGCUAAUAGGCUGAAAUUGCUACUGGAUAAUCUUAUAUCUCAUGAACAGAGUGCUUUCGUUCCAGGGAUACAUUACGAAUAACAUCAUGGCAGCUUUUGAGUGUUUUCAUAAUAUGAAGAAGAAGAAUAAAUAACACAAGCAUGCUUUCUUCGCUACAAAGAUUGACAUGACAAAGACUUAUGAUCGAGUGGAGAUUUCUAGAAGGAGUAAAGAGCCAAAUAGGAUUUACUGAGGGAUAAAUCCGGCUGGUCACG